UUAUUUCCAUUGCUGAUUCCCUGCAAAGAUUCUUUCUCCACGGUCUCUCUCCCUCUCUUUCCUUCCCUCAUUUUUCUAAUUUUUAUACUCCGAAAAUGGUAGUUUUGGUACAGUAUCCGUCAAUUAAUGUUUUGUUACAUCCCACCAUUCCUAUACCGGGAAGUGGGAACGCAACUAAUUGCCCACUACAUGUAAAAAAUAUUAGAAGUAUGUUUAACUCCGAUGGAGAGUUAUGCAUAAUUGAACUUAGGCAUUGUUCAACCACUCGUGCCGAGUUUCCAACCACUCGUGUCCACACCAAGCGAAGCACAUCUCGUCUCUCCAGACUUGCUCCUCUUGAAGCAAUAUUAUUUGACGUUGAUGGAACACUAUGUGAUUCGGAUCCCAUUCACUACCAAGCUUACUGGGAAAUGCUUCCAGAGAUAGAUUUCAACAGUGGGGUUCCCAUUACGGAGGAAUUCUAUGCUGAAUUUAUUUCGGGGAAGCAUAAUGAAGACAUGGUUACAUUCUUCUUCCCCCAUGAUCACCAACGAGGGUUAAAAUUCACCGCUGAGAAAGAAGCCAUGUUUCGGAGAUUGGCAAAGGAUAAAUUGAAGCCUGUAAACGGCCUUUACAAAUUAAAGAAAUGGGUAGAAGCUCGUGGUCUGAAACGGACUGCUGUCACUAAUACUCCUAAAGAAAAUGCUGAGUUGAUGAUCUCAGCUCUGGGGCUCUCCGAAUUCUUUGAAUAUGUUGUUCCUGGGAAUGAAUGUGAGCAUGGAAAACCACAUCCGGACCCUUACUUGAAGACACUCGAACUACUCAACGUGUCGAAGGAUCACACUUUCGUAUUUGAGGAUUCUGUUUCUGGAAUUAAAGCUGUGGUGGCAGCUGGGAUGCCGGUGGUUGGUUUAACAACAGGAAGUCCGGAGCAUUUGCUAAUGGAAGCAAAGACUGCAUUUCUCAUCAAGGAUUUUGAAGAUCCAAAGUUGUGGGCUGCUCUGGAAGAGCUUGAUAGAAAGGCAGGUUUUCCCAAGUCUGGUACCUUUACCCCGGAUUCUGGUUUCCUAAGAUCUGAUGGUGGCUUUUGGUGAAUAAUGUUUCCGGUGUUGGUUAGUGAUUUUGGUGCUGGUGUUGAUUCACCGGAGUACAUUUCGUGGCCGUUCAUAAGAUCGGAGUUGUAAGGUUCUGGCAUUAAAACUUGGAAAGCUAGGCCUCUUGUUUGGUUACUCCUUUUGGGGGUGAUAACUGUCUUUUUUAUGUCUUCGAUUAUUUUGUAUGAUUAACAAUGAAACUUCUACCAUUUUAUAAUAUAUACACCUUAUAAGGA